UCUUAAAAAUACUAAUAUCUUCUAUAUGCUAAGGUUUUUUCUGAGAGAAUUUCUCAGAGUAAUAACAUCUUGCCUUAUUUCUGUGUUGAGCUGUCUUGAACUGAAGUUUGACUCCUACAAUCACUGCUGAGUCUCUUAAUACGUGCUCCACCAGUAAUUGUGCAUGUCCAAAAUGCUGACUGACACUUAAUUAGUGUUUAAAUGCAGGUGUGCUUAGGUCUUUGGCUAUAUGUGAAAGUGACAGCAGGUAGUUGUACAAUACAGUAAAGCUGCUCAGGAUGCUGUCAGCUGCAGGUGGCUGAGUACAGAGAAGAAAGUGAGGACCGUUUUCAGUUGAUGAAGUUUCAGAAUUCAUGGAGUCACAGGGAAAUGAAUCCUCGCCGUCGGGCCCAGUUCAAUCUGAAGUCAUCAGCUCCAUCCGCGAGCGUGCAAUCGCAGAGAACAGCAUGGUGGUCCUGCUGCAGGGCCUGCAGGGAGAGGUGACCACGGUGGACCUGAAGAACGAGAGCACGGCGCGGGGCCGCGUGGUCAGCGUGGACGCUUUCAUGAACGUACGUCUGGAGGAUGUGUUGUACCGGGACAGACGGGGUCAGCUCACCAAGCUGCAGGACCUGUUUAUCACAGGCAGGAACGUUCGCUACGUUCACAUCCCAGAUCACAUAGACAUAAUGAAGACCAUACAGAGCCAGCUCGCCAGGAUCCAGAGAGUCCACAACUUUGCUAGUCAUGGAGGAGGCAGAAAUGAGUACACCAAGAAAAAUAAAUGACACUUUUUUUUUUUUUUAAUAGAAGGAUACAAAACUCAGUUGAGUACUGCUAGUACAAGGAAAAGACUAGUCCAAAAAUACUUGGAGAUGACAAGCAAUUUUUCUAUUCAUUUCUCAGAUUUGAGGACAAGUUUCAUGCUUUAGAUCAGCUGUUUACAACCUGAGGGGUCACAAAAUGAUUCAAGGGAUAAAAACAAAAGUCAGUUAUACACAAACACAUUGUUUUUCUGACAUUUUGUUUCUUCUUUUGUUGUGAAAUGACUUUCAUGUCAGGCCUCCAAAAGUCAUUUAAAUGAAACAAUAUUCGAAGGAAAAACGUGACUCUUUGGUUGAACUGCUCAUAACUCGAGUGCACACGAAGGCCACGAUGUGAUGAGGGCUCUGAAGUUUACACUGAUUCAUUUUUUAAGGGGUUGCCAAUAUAACUGACCCAUUAUGGAUUAUUAUGAGUUAUUAUUAAUUAAUCUAAUUAUUUUUCUUGAUUGAUUAAUCUUUGUCUACAUAAUGUUACAACAAUGUGAAAACUACCAUUACACUUUCCCCGAGGCAAAUGACGUUUUCAAAUAUCUAAAACCCAAACAUCUGCAAUGAUAUGAAACAGAAAAGCAGUAAAGACCGACGUUUGAAACCAGAGAAUGACUGAAACGAUGAGUCGAUAAUAAGAACAGCUGGCGAUUAAUUUUCUGACUCUUUCUUAAUGAUGUUUACUGAUGUGGACAUUUUACUGCUGAAAAAUUCAAUUCUCUGUGUCAUGUAGACACUUUCUAGUUUGUCUUUGUCGGUGAUAUUGGCCCAUUCCUUCAGACGGUCCCUUGUUGGGAACCACUGUGUAUUUUUGUUUUGGCAUUUGGGUUUGAGGUUUGUAAUUUACUUAAACUAACGGUCCUCAAUUUCCUUAGAAGUAGGAACAAUAUUUUGAAACGGGAGUUAUGAAUAUAGAUUCUUACAAUUAACUCAGAAACCUCUCUGUCCCAGCACAUAACUGCUGUAUUAAAAUUAAAUAGAACAUAUUGCAAUUAACAGUGGGUGCAGGUGUGGCCCAGAGUGUUGUUCCUCCUCAGUAUUCCUGGCAUGCACCACAAAGCCCAUCUGUGUGUCUGUGAAACCAGCCCAAAGUUAAUAACUGCCUAUAUGCAGGAAAACAUUAGUCAUGAUCAGUGCCAGUCUGGUGGAGGGAAAAACAAGCAGUCAUGUUUCCACAGCUUCCACCCCACAAACAUCUCCGCUGCAUGCAUCAGUGAGCUGUCACUCUCCCCUGUGACAUCCAGCCGGGCAGGAUGGGACUCUGCUCAGCCAAUGGAAACGAGCAGAUCGGGUGAAAGGAAGACACUGUUUCGCUUGGAAACUGCCGUCCCAGUGUUCUCUCGAUACACAAAUACGAUUUGGGAAUUUAAGGAAUUUGCAAAGCGAUGUUAUUCUUACUCAGUGUCAGGAAGAGGACAGGCCUGACAUAACACAGGCGGAGGCAGCCGCUGCAGAUAAACCCUGCUCUGUAGAUGGAUGGGAGUGCUUUCACCAGCCAUAUCAUUUAAACUGAAAUGCUGCAGUAAAUUAAGAGCAAUAUGCACGCAGGAAUGUCCCUCGGUGGUUGGAUCAUUGUUUUGGCUGUGGCCUCAGUAUGUUUUUAGGGACAUAUUUUUCUCUUGGCUGCUUUAAAACCAACCUUGAGAGCGUCUGAAUGACAGCAGCCCACAUAAUGACCGCUUACUGCUUCGCUAAAAACACGACCAAGUGCCACAUCAACACUCACUAAACUCAGAAUAGCACUUUACAGAGGCUCGACCGCAUAAACAAUUCUUUUACAAUACAUGACAUGACCUGGUUUAUCCGGAACCUAAGUAAAACUAGUAUUAUCUGCAAAAUGUACUUAAAGCAUCAAAAGUACUAGUAGUAAAAGUACAAUUCUGGGGUAUUUGUACUUCGUGUUCUAGUUUAAGUGACUUGAUGCUCCUGCUCUGCUACAUUUACUUGACAGCUUU